AUACCCUUAGACUUCAAAUGUAAUUACAGUCUGUUGUUGUCUUAUAAAUAUUAGUCAUUUGUUGUCACCAUCUUCUUCUUCACAGCAACAUUUCAUCCUUUUACAAUCAAACCAAAACACCCAAAAUGGCCGAUGGAGUUCUCUCUAACGUUGUCGGAGAUAUCAUUACCAAGCUGGGUUCUCGAGCCCUUGAUGAGAUCGGAUUGUGGUGGGGCGUCAAAGGUGAGCUUAAGAAACUUGAGGCCACAGUUUCUAGUAUUCGCAAUGUUCUUCUGGAUGCUGAGGAGAAGCAGAAACUUAACCGUCAAGUGAAAGGCUGGCUUGAGAGGCUAGAAGAAGUUGUUUAUGAUGCUGAUGACUUGGUAGAUGACUUCGCCACUGAAGCUCUAAGGCGCCGAGUGAUGACUGGAAAUAGAAUGACAAAGGAGUUGACUUCACUUCAGACGUUGUCACAUUUCGUAGUGGCAAAACGGCAUAUUUUCUCAAAGGAUGUUGGAAAAAUAAAUGAAUUGAAUAAACUUAACAAUUUGAGGGGACGUCUUGUAAUUAGAAAUCUGAGAUGUGUGGAUAAUGAGAUUGUAAAUGUUAAUUUGAAAGAGAAGACACUCCUUCAAUCAUUGGAAUUAAAUUGGGAAGAUUCAAAUGUUGAUAGAGAUGAAAUGGCAUUCCAAAAUCUCCAACCACAUCCCAAUCUUAAAGAGUUACAUGUGUAUGGCUAUGGAGGCAGGAGGUUCCCAAGUUGGUUCUCUUCCCUCACGAAUCUCGUCAAUCUCUAUAUAUCGGAUGCCAAUGGAUGUCAGCAUCUCCCACCAAUGGAUCAAAUCCCUUCUCUUCAAUAUCUACAGAUUGUGGGACUCGAUGAUUUAGAAUACAUGGUGAUUGAGGGACAACCGGCAUCAUUCUUUCCAUCCCUAAAGAAUCUCACGCUACAUGAUUGUCCUAAGCUUAAAGGAUGGCAGAAGAAGAGGGAUGAUUCGACAGCACUUGAGCUACUCCAGUUUCCUUGUCUUUCAUAUUUCUCUUGUGAUAACUGCCCCAAUUUGACCUCCAUCCCUCAGUUUCCAUCUCUCGAUGAAUCACUAGAUUUGGAGGAAGUAAGCCCACAACUUGUGCACCAAAUAUUCACACCAUCAAUCUCUUCUUCUUCCUCAAUCCUUCCUCCUCUCUCUAAAUUGAAGCUCCUUUCCAUUAGUCACAUUGAAGAGCUCGAAUCUCUACCUCCAGAUGGACUGCGGAAUCUAACUUGUCUUCAAACACUAAGCAUUGGUACUUGUCCGGCAUUGAAGUGUCUGCCUCAAGAGUUGCAUUCCCUCACCUCGUUACGAAGAUUGUAUAUCAAGAACUGUCCCCAAUUGAAGGAAAGAUGUGGAAAUAAAAAGGGUGUGGAUUGGGAAUUCAUUUCACACAUCCAAAAUAUUGAAGUUGAGGGACAAACAAUUCAAAAGGAGGGCCGGUAUCUACUGGAUGAUGAAGCUUCGGCUCAUCAAGCUAGAGGAAUCAUUUAUUUGUUUUUUACGCACCUGAAAUUCUAAUAAAUUGGGAAGUGGGAAACAAAUUCAAAGAGAUUUUAAUUGCAUUGGCAGAAGUUAGUAGAGGACGUGGAAAAGAUGUUAUUGCUGCAAUUACUUUGAUUAAUCUUCUAAAUUAGGAUGAAAAUUGAUUGUGCUGAAGAGGUGGAGAAAACCAUUUAUUCUGAAAACAAAAUGUGACUUCUGAGUAAACAUCAAAACCCAAUAGUCUUACCUUUGUUUACUCUGAAGUUCUUCACAA